AUGUCAGCUGAGUGUGCGUUCCGUGUGUUUGGCCUGCUGUUGGCCAUCAUCGCACUGUUGCCAACCACGCGAUCCGACUUUAUACCGUGGUUAAUCGUUCCUGAAACCGCACCUACCCGUCAUCAGUUGAUUAGUGGCAUCGGUAUACCGGUCGGUACACCGGAAUCCAUCACCAGCGGAUGGGUCAUUAAGGCCCAGUACUUCCUGCCGACCAAGGUUGACGAUCUGAAGCCUGAGUUGUGGGAAAACUGGAACGAUAGUCGGCGUGCGCUGGCGAAGAGGGAUCUGGCGGUUCCUCUUACCCAGCUGCCCAGUCUAGCGCCACACCAUGAACAUUAUGAUGCGGAUAACGUAGUGGUUCGGGAGGAGAAGCUUCCGGAUGAGCACGCUAGUGAUGGGGACGAGUUUGACGAUGGUGAUGAUGGCUACUGGAUCGAUGAGGAGGAUGAACAGCUUCGAAAGGAUUCAGCAUCGAUACCUGUGCCAAAUGAACUCGAUCCAAAGGUACUGGAGGGAUACAGUGCAGAGCAGUCACGCUGGACCUCGUACAAGGCGAUGGAGAAACUGGGCGAAAACUAUGGACUCGCUGGCCGUCCGUGUGUUUUGCGCAGUGUCUGCGAGGCAGCCGCGGCACAGUUCACUCACACCGGGGGCAUAUUUGCCGAGUUGCUUCACAUCGUUUUCACGCCAUCCAGUACUAGUGAGCCAGUGUCGGAGCACCGCGAUAAUGAGUACUUUCGGGCGGAACAACUUGGCCGUUCAGGGGCACCCUGCGAGCGACUGUUUCCAGAGUGUGUCCAUUCGCUGCUAGAUAUCUUCACAGGGGUGCACGAUCCGGUCACGAACAGCAUGCGACUCCUGCACGAUGAGGUCAAAGCAUAUCUCAUGAGAAAGUGA